ACUCACACAACGUCUGCGAGCGUCUCAUGGGUUGCGAUCUCACUUGAUGACAUGCCACGGUCCUUUCUAGUGAAAAGUAAGAGGGCGGGGCAUCACUCCACACGCUCCGCCCACUCUCAGCAUCACCAUUAUGAUGGAUGGACAUCCAGUAGUCAUUCACCAGUAGUCAUUCAUCCAAAGACUUCGGAAUCGGUGCCCUGUACAGACACGGACAUCAGCAGAACCGAGCAACCAUCUGUGAUCUGGAGCGAUACGAAAACUGACGCUCCACCUGGAGCAGGACACCGGUCUUCUCCUGGAGCAGCGGAUAGAGAGACAGAUGUAGAGCGACUGGUUCAAGUGUUUCUCACUCACCAUCAGCUUCUGAACAUUCGGACGUCCCUGUGUGAGUGUUUAUUCUGUGAGAAGCUUUUGUCUUCUGCCGUCGGCCUGGCGUCUCACUUGCACAAGUCACAUGUCAACAGAGCUGCUCUCCCAUUGGCUGGAACACUGAGCCACGCCCAGCAGCAGUAUGAGUACAGACCGAUGGAGAAUCUCAGGGGGAAGGAGAGGAGUUUUGAAUGUAAGAUUUGUGGUAAAGUAUUUAAGAGAUCAUCGACUCUCUCCACACACCUGCUGAUCCACUCGGACACAAGACCGUUCCCGUGUCCUUACUGCGGCAAGAGAUUUCACCAGAAAUCUGACAUGAAGAAGCAUACCUUUAUACACACAGGUGAGAAACCUCAUGUGUGUGCGGUGUGCAGUAAAGCAUUCAGUCAGAGCUCCAAUCUGAUCACACACAGCAGAAAACACAGCAGCUAUCGGCCGUUCAGCUGCCCGCACUGCACGCUCAGCUUUCAGAGGAGAGUGGAGCUACAGCGCCACCUACAGACACACACUGACAACAACAACAGCAGCAGCAGCAGCCUGUUUCAUGGGACCUGAGAGAGACCCGCCUGUUUUACAACAUGCACCAUUUAUAUUCACCAUAAAGAAUAAAGAGAAUGUAUGCGUUUAUGUUGUAAUAAAGAUUUUUACUUUUACACAUAAAUGCAAGUAAAUGAAAGUACA